CUUUACAACAAAACUUUCGCAGCCGCCGACAGCCAGACGCGCGUCUUUUUUUAACCAGUGAUUUGAGCUGAAUUUACGGCAUUUAAUUAGCCGCAGAGAGUGAAAAACUACAACUAACCAGCAGCAGCAUUUCCAUUUUGCAGCACGUUUUUCGACCGGAAUCAGCAAUGGAUCGUCGCCUGAGACGCCCGCGUCGCGCGGACGAAGUGUCCGGCGGCCCAGUUCUGCAGCAGUCCUCGCAGCCCAGUCUCCUGCCGGCGACGCGACGGGCGGGAUCCCUCUCAGCGGCGGCGGCGGCCACCACCGGUCCCGCCACCCGCACACGUGCCUCGCCCUCGCGCAACAAGGUCGCCGCCCCGCCCUCGCCCGACCUGGGACCCCGCACCCGGCGCUCCAGUCGCCCGCGUUCUUCGGUGGGUCCGCUCACCGCAUCGGGACCGGGAUCCGGUUCCUCGCUGCCCCUCAAGGCCGCCAUCAAGGCUCGCACGCCCAUCAGAGAGGUCUCCGAGGUACCGUCGCCCGCUCGUCAGUCGACGGCCAGCAGUUUGCCCCUGGCCCUGACCACCAACACAUCCAGCGGUGCCCCAAAUAAAUUAUUCAACACAAGCUCUACGAACAGCGGCAACAACUUCAGUCGCACCACCACAACCAGCUCCACCACAACCACCGAGCGCAUCGAGAUCCGCGCCGAAGGAGAGGGCGAGGUGGACACAGACUCCAUUCGCAAGCGCAUCACCGAAAGACUCCGCAGAUCGGUGUCCAAGACCAUCUCGAAUUUGGCUGGAACCCCAGUGACAAACACCGAGGAGGGCAGUCGCUACAGCCGCAGUGUUUCCCGAUCCGUGUACGACGACGAAAAGUCCUCGAAGCACAGCUACUCCACGGGCGAGGAGGAUAUCGAGGAGGAGGAGGAGGAUCAGUUCCGUAGCUUCAAUGUCACCCGGAAAUCGGCCACACCGGCGGAAACAUCUUGCCGCCAGUUGAAGGCUCCCCGCGAAUUCGGAGGCUGGCUGGGUGCCUUCCUGUUGUUGCUCCUGCUGCCCACCGUCGUGUACUAUCUCACCUGGAGCUGCACGGCCCGCAAUUCCUGUCAGUUUAAGCAUCUCAAUCUGGGCAUUCUGCUGGAUGUGAACUACCUAACACGUCAGGUGUUCCAGCCACGAGUGGUCGGCGCCUUUGCCGCCUACCAGGCUGUGGUCUUCCUACUGGUAGCCCUGCUGCCAGGACGACGGGUUCAUCUCACCCGGGAGACCUACAAGUUUAACUGUCUGGCAGUUGCUCUCACCCUUUUGAUUGCCGGUGGAAUCGCCGAGUAUCUGAAGUACCCAGUGGUGACCUUCGUUCUGCGUCACUAUCUACGUUUUUGCAUUUUUGGACUCGUCGGAGCAUUUUUGAGUGCUGCCUGGAGUUACUGGCUGGUGGACAACGCCAAGUACAAUGUGCUGCGCCAAACGCUGACGAAUGAUUACGGCAGGACUGGCAGCUUCGUGGUGGACUUCGCCCUGGGCAGACAGCUGAAUCCCAAGUGGCUGGGACGCGUGGACUGGAAGCAGUUCCAGUACCGCCUCUCCCUCAUCAGCACAUUGCUCUAUGCCGCCUGUUAUAUCUACCAGACACUCGUGUGGCCUCAGAAGCCCCAGAUGGCAGAGCAGGGCUAUCUUUACGUGGUCAAAUACUAUUGGAACAACGUCAACUACGAUGCGGGCACCCUGCUCUCGGCCAGCUGUUUACUGCUCUACGUUCUGGAUUCGAUCAUUUUCGAGCACCACCUGAGCUCGUCCUUUGAAUUGCAACACGAAGGAUACGGCUGCUUGCUGCUCCUGCGCUACGCAGCCACUCCGUAUUUGCUGACGGCGGUCACCAAGUAUUUCUACGAGCAACGUAUAACCAUCUCCUGCUGGUAUGCUCCGCUGGGAGUGGCUGCUCUGCUGUCUCUGGGAUUGCUGGUGAAACGUUUCAGCUGCGCCUACAAGUACAAGUACCGCGUGAACUCGCAGAGUCCGAUCUUCGCCAACAUUGAGACCAUCCACACGUACCAAGGAAGCCGCCUGCUGCUUAGCGGGAUGUGGGGAUGGGUCAGGCAGCCGAAUUACCUUGGCGACAUCCUGGCCCUGCUGGCCCUGGCUGCCCCAGUGGCCCUGCGUCCUGCCUGGCCCCCUGUUUUGGGCCUCAGCUUGAUCGUCCUGCUGCUGCUUCACCGCGCCACCCGAGCUAACGCCAGGAAUCAGGCGCGCUAUCACUCCUCGUGGCACCGCUACUGCACCCAGGUGCGAAGCUACAUCCUGCCCAGGAUCUACUAAGGACUUGAUUGAAGCACUAGUUGACUUUUUAUUUUUGUGGCCAUUUUUAUUUCGAUUUCAGUUUGUUUAUAUUUUAUGUUUCGAAUUAUAUAUAAUGUAUGUAUAUAUAUAAAUACGUAUUCAUAUUGCUCUAGACCAUCAAUAUGCACCCCAUAACUCCCAUUCUUUUAAGUACAAAAUUUGAUUUUACUCUCGUCGACAAACAUUUAAGAAAACAACUUCUCGCACACACUAGCUUAGGUAAAAAGACUCCCAAAACAUAUAGAUGUACGAACUUAUGCGCUUAAGAUCUAGACACCUUAAAAAUAAUCAUAACUUUAUUAAUCUAUAUGGUAUGCAUAUAGAAUUUACUUUUUAAACUUAAAUAUGAAAUAAAAACUUAAGUUUCUAU